GCGAGUGGUGGAGGCUGGACGGCCACCGCGGAUUUAAUUUGCUCUAUCCACUCUCUCCCGUCGACUCGUCCGUGGUCCUCUUCCCGGGCCGUCGUCCUCCUCCUCCCCUUCCCCCUCCCCCUCUCCCUAAUCCAAUGGCUGCUGCUGCCUCUUCCUCGGCCUCGCCGCUUCUCCUCCCGUCAGGGCCGCGUGGCGCUAGCUCGAGGGCCUGGCUUCCCAGCGGCGGCGGCGGCGGCGGCAGGGCGUUCAUCAGAGGUGGCAACAGCAGGGCGCCAUGCUGCAGGAGGGCUGCCGCUGGCGGAGGAAGCGCGGCGCAAUGCGGAGGAGCUGACGACGACAACGGUGGCGUGGUCACCCGGAGGGGCGUGGUCGGGGCGGUGGUUCUGGGGGUGUCGUCGUCCGCGUUAUGCCUGCAGGCCGCGCUCGACGCCUUCGCCGGCGGGCUGCCGCCGGAGGAGAAGCCCAAGCUCUGCGACGCCGCCUGCGAGGCAGAGCUCGAAAAUCUGCCUAUGGUGACUACGGAGUCCGGUUUGCAGUACAAGGACAUCAAAGUCGGGCAAGGGCCGAGUCCGCCCGUUGGCUUCCAGGUUGCUGCAAACUGCAUCGCCAUGGUGCCAAACGGACAGAUAUUCGACAGCUCGCUGGAGAAAGGCCAGCCCUACAUAUUCCGUGUUGGCGCAGGACAGGUGAUAAAGGGACUUGAUGAAGGGAUCUUGUCGAUGAAAGUUGGAGGAUUACGUCGGUUGUACAUACCCGGUCAAUUAGCAUUCCCUAAGGGCCUUACAUCAGCUCCCGGGAGGCCAAGAGUGGCUCCGAGCAGCCCCGUCGUAUUUGACGUCAACCUAUUGUUCGUACCUGGUCUUGACGAUGAUGAGUGAAAGCAUCAUCUUGCAUCUUUACAGGAGGCAACUGAAGAGAAUGAUUUUCUUUUUGUGAAUUACCAUGUGAGUAGAGUGACAAUUGUUUUCGGCAGCAAAAUAUACAAAACUAUGAUGAUUUGUAUUAAGUGCAUAGCAACCUUUGGUUGUGAAUGGAAUAAUGUAGCCUUAGUGAUAUAAAGAUAUGUGCUAAUCCUUCUACUCAA